UUUAAAAGCUGAGUUUCUCCAUCCAUACAACACUCAAAAAGCAAACACCUCUCUUUUUUGGGGUUUCUGUACAUUUUAAAGAACAAAAGUUUAUUUUUUUUCUACCAGGGAAAAAAGAGAGAAAGAAAGAGAGAAAGGGAUGGCACUAGAGGCUGUGGUCUAUCAACAAGACCUGUUUGGUCACAAUAGCAAAGAACUCUACAACUUGCUAGGAGGGAAUUGGAGCUAUGACCAUAGCCUGGAAAAGGAAGAUGCCAAAGCGUGCUCUUUUGAUAAUUUUCUCCACAACCAAAAUGAAAAUUUCCUUCAUGGGGGUUGGAACUCUUCCUCACCACCUCCCAUGUUCCCUCAUUUUAGUGAAAUGCUUCAAAUCAACCCAUCCCCAGAUGCUAACAAUGCUAAUAAUGGACUUACUUCGACUCCAGCUGCUACUGACUUAUUGCCUGAUCAUCACUUAUUGGGUCACUCCUCAUCAACCAUCCCUGCUCGUGCCAAGAGACGUCGAUCUAGGACUAGAAAAAACAAAGAAGAGAUCGAGAAUCAGAGAAUGACUCACAUUGCAGUGGAGCGCAAUCGAAGAAAGCAAAUGAACGAGUAUCUCUCCGUUCUUCGAUCUUUAAUGCCUGAGUCUUACGUUCAAAGGGGUGACCAAGCAUCAAUUAUUGGAGGAGCCAUUAAUUUUGUGAAGGAGCUGGAGCAGCGAUUGCAAUUACUUGGUGCCCAGAAAGAAACAAGUGAAAAAUCUGAUGGUGUUCAAGCCUCUUCGCUGCCUUUCUCUGAAUUCUUUACAUUCCCACAGUACUCUACGAGUUCAACUCGGUGCGAAAACUCGGUGGCAGCAAUGAAUGAAACAAUGAGUGCGAAACAGUCUACUAGCGUAGUUGAUAUAGAAGUGACCAUGGUGGAGAGUCAUGCAAACCUCAAAAUAAGAUCGAAAAGGAGACCAAAGCAGCUGCUGAAGGUUGUUUCUGGGUUGCUUACUAUGCGUCUGACCAUCCUUCACCUAAAUGUCACAACACUUCACCAAAUCGUACUUUAUUCUCUAAGUGUGAAGGUGGAAGAUGACUGUAAGCUGAGUUCAGUGGAUGAAAUUGCCACAGCAGUGUAUGAGAUGCUAGGUAGGAUUCAAGAAGAGUGUUCUACGAUGAAAUGAUAAAAUUAUUAAGUUCUAUUUUUAUUUUGUAAUUUGGUUAUCUUUCUUUUCUGGCUUUGCCUUAGUAGAUGAUCAUAUGUGGGCAUUUAAUUUCUUGAUUUUUAGGCUGCUGGCCUUUGAAAGGCUCACUGCAACUAAUGUCUCUCUUCCAUUUCAUCUUAGUGUUAGCUUGUUCAGCUACUGCUCUAAUUUGGAGGUUCCUGUUUCUUUGCUUGCAA